AUGCCCUCAAACAGCAGCGCCAAUCAGAUUCGAGGACAUCGGCGCGUCCGAGGGAAGUUGAUGCGAAUGCGCCAGGGUGAGCCCCCCCACGCACCCGGCGACGCCGCGCCCACCAGCCCCCGAGACGGCGGCAUGAAGGUCACGUUCCUGGGCACCGGCGUCCCCGUCGUCUCGACCGAGCGCUACGGCGCCGCGCAGGUCGUCAGCCACGGCGACGCCAGGAUCCUGAUCGACUGCGGCUCCGGCGUCACCCAGCGCAUGGUGGCCGCUGGCAUGGCGCCCCGCGACCUGGACGUCGUGCUGCUCACGCACCUGCACUCCGACCACGUGAUGGACGCCUUCCAGCUGAUCAUGUCCAGCUGGGUGGGCGGCCGCGAUCGGCCCCUGCCGAUCUUCGGCCCUCCGGGAACAAGGAGAUUCGUCGAGGGGCUGAUGGACGCGUGGCGGCCGGAGCUCGAGCAGCGCAUCGCCCACGUGGGUCCGGGGCAGUCCACCGCCGCGCUUCAGGCCGACGUGACGGAAAUCGGCCCAGGGCCGGUCGGGACGUUCGGAGGCGUGGAGGUGGAGGCGAUCGAGGUGGAUCACCGGCCGGUCGUGCACGCCUAUGGGUUCGCCCUGCAGGCCGAGGGCCAGCGCGUGGUGUUCAGCGGGGACACCAAACCUUGCAAGUCCCUGGCUUUGGCGGCCAAGGGCGCAGACCUGCUGGUGCACGAAGUGAUUGUCGCGACCGCCACGGCAGACUUGAUGCGGGCAAGCGAUUCCGCCGCGAAGAUCGUCGCCUACCACACGCGAUCGGAUGUGGUUGGGAAAAUCGCGGCUGACGCCGGGGUGGGGUGCCUUGCCCUGACGCACAUCGCGCCCCCCAACGUCGACCGCGGCCGGCUGAUGGACGACGUGGCGGCCGACUACCACGGACCGGCGUUCAUCGCGGAGGACCUGUCGACGAUCGACGUGAGCAGUCGCAGGGUGACGUUCGCCGGAGGCGCUGUCCUGGCGCUGGCCCGCAGGUAG